AUGCAAAGGUUACUUCGAGUUGCCUCCACACGAGAGCGGAUUAGCUUCAUCCAAUCCGGAUUGGCUGAUGGGGGCAUGCGCCCAAUAGAUGGGGUAAUCACCUUUCCCUCAAUAGACCCCAACCGAGUGUUACAACCACAUCAAGACGCCUUCAUCCUGACAUUGGGUAUCAAUGAUUUCGAUAUAGGGUUCCCACCAUUCGCCUUAGAAAAUCCCGGGCGGAUAUUGUCAGGAUUCAAUGGAGUUUCAACCACCUCUUUGGGAUAUGUCAUGCUACCCGUCCAAGCCGAACCAGUUAUCUUGAAUGUGCAAUUUUCAGUGGUAGAAGACUUGUCCCCUUUCAACGCCAUCAUGGGGUGCACAUGGCUACAUGGCAUGAAGGUCAUCCCCUCUACGUAUCACCAAGUGGUAAGUUAUGUAACUGAGGAUGGAAAGAUCAACUUCUAUGGAAGCCAGUUGGCAGCACGCCAAUGUUAUCAAGUAGCGCAUGAGUCCAUAGCCACUGGCGAUAAUGAACCAUCCAUGAAACCAGCGGACGCGGUUGAACAAUAG